AUGGGUUCAGUAUUUCUCCCUCAUUUAAACACAGGCUGGCAUGUCGACCAAGCGAUCCUUUCUGAAGACGAUAGAUUAGUGGUGAUACGAUUUGGCCGCGAAGAAGAACCAGAUUGUAUGAUCAUAGACGAGAUUUUGUUUUCCAUCUCAGAAAAAGUAAAGAAUUUUGCUGCUAUAUAUCUUUGCAAUUUGGAUAAAGUUCCUGAUUUCAAUCAAAUGUAUGAACUAGAUCAAGAUCGGCUGGAACCUUAUACGAUAAUGUUUUUCUUUCGAAAUAAGCAUAUGAUGUGUGAUUUUGGAACUGGUAAUAACAACAAGCUUAAUUUUAUGAUUUACGACAAACAAGAAUUAAUUGAUAUAAUAGAAACGAUAUAUCGGGGUGCUAAAAAGGGGAAAGGUUUGGUUGUUAGUCCCAAAGAUUAUAGCACGUUACGAAGAGGUGGAUGA